AACUAAACCAAGUAGGGUUUAAGGUCUUCUUCAACAAUGGCGACGACCUUGAAUCGAUUACGUAGCUCAGUCUCGCAUCGAGCGCUCUUCAAUUCCACUCGCCAUGGCUCUCUCCCUUCGCGAAUCCCACCUCUUCGAUCAACCACCCGCAAUUUCCUCGAUUUCUAUCAGUUCGGAAACAAGAAAGCGAUCGAGGAUGAGCGUGCGAGACUUAACGAUGAGAUGAAUCGGGGGUACUUUGCUGAUAUGAAAGAGUUCAAGGAGCAUGGUGGUAAGAUAGCAGAUGCAAAUAAGACUGUUAUUCCUGCUGUGUCAGCUGUGAAAUUUCCGGAAUUAGCAGUGACUCUCUCUAAUGGAGAAGUCUUGAAGCUGCCUAUUAGUUGUAGUAGUGGCGAGGUUAACGAAGAGAGUUUGGCUGUUCCUAGAGUAUCAUUGGUGUGUCUGUCUUUCCGAGCAAGCUCUCAGGGAAUGAUCAGCUCGUGGAGCAAGCCGUUUCUUGAAUCGUUUGGCGACAGGAAAGAUCUUCAGGUGUUUGAGGUUUCAUUUAUAGACAAAUGGCUGUUGGGCUUGGCCCCUAUAAAGAAACUACUUCUCCGGGUCUUGCAAAAACCGAAGAGCAACGAGAACAGCGUCCUGCAGAGGCAAGUGGUUUACUCAUUUGGGGACCACUAUCACUUCCGGAAAGAAAUUAAAGUUCUUAACCUUCUUACCGGGUAUAUCCUCCUACUCGACAAAUCCGGGAGAAUAAGAUGGCAAGGUUUCGGAACAGCAACUCCAGAGGAAGUAUCUCAACUUCUCUCUUGCACCUCACAACUCCUGGAAGAUCAAUGAGAGUUCGAUGAUUAAAGCGGAGACUGUUUCAAGAGACAAGUGUUCAUGUGGAACAAUUAAAUUUCAGAACGGCUCACCGAAGACAAUAAAGUAUCUCUUUAUCUUUCAGUUUGAUUCAGUUGGUGUUAUUGGCACCGCAAUAGAGAAUCUUUUCUUCCGAUCUAUAUUGGUGCUGGACGUUUAGACUGAUUGAGUGCAAUGCCCAUUCUUCA